AUGCUGGACGCCGACCCUCGCGAACAAUACCCCAGCCUGCGUCUUACCGGCCGAGUCAUCAGUGCUGCUUUCUGCAUCCCCUAUAAGCUCUAUCUCCACCCCGGGUCCGACUGGGAGUUGAAACCCCGUCCGGGAACCUCCGCUUUAUUUGACUCUAUGGCCUACCUUGGUUCUGGCGAAUCGAGAUGGUCUCAUACCCUCGUUGGCUGGACCGGCGAGGUCGAACCGGUCCAGGAGACAGCGAUUCCUCUGCAGCAGAUUCCCAUCAACACGAGUGCCAAAGUGCCAACCACCCUCAACGGUUCGGCCUUGCCCCUCAACAAAGCUGCCGCACCGGUGCCGGUGGAUGCCAACCAACGCCUACCCAGUCAUCCUCUCCUGGAUGGCUUCGAAGUGGACCUGGAGGACCGAGAAAGGCUCGAUAAGCAGUUGAGCUCCAGCCGUUACGGUAAAAUCGUGCCGGUCUGGUUGACUGGUGAAUCGGAACAUCCAGACGACACGGUCUUCUUGGACGACCAGGGCCGGUGGAGGCGUUACGCCGAGCGCGAGCUCUACCCACUCCUUCACUACAAACAGCAUGGGCCCACGGACGGCAAAUCGGAACGCAAGUGGUGGGCCGACUACGUCCGCAUGAAUCGCCUUUUCGCCGACCGCAUUGCGCAAGAGUACAAGGAAGGAGAUAUUGUCUGGAUCCAUGAUUACCACCUUUUCCUGUUGCCGAGUAUGCUGCGUCAACGCAUCCCCAACAUCUACAUUGGCUUUUUCCUUCAUGCGCCAUUCCCCAGCAGUGAGUUCAUGCGCUGCUUGGCCAAGCGCAAGGAGGUGCUUACGGGGGUCCUGGGGGCCAACAUGAUCGGCUUUCAGACGUUUUCGUACUCUCGACACUUCUCAUCUUGCUGCACGCGUGUCCUUGGGUUUGAUUCCAACUCGGCCGGUGUGGACGCCUACGGUGCUCAUGUAGCAGUGGACGUCUUUCCGAUAGGCAUCGAUACCAAGACGAUCCAAAAGGCAGCCUUCGGGUCUGCGGAGAUAGAAAAGGCUGUCUUGGGUAUUCGGAAACUUUAUGCCGGAAAGAAGAUUAUUGUCGGUCGUGAUCGACUAGACAGUGUCCGCGGUGUAGCCCAGAAGCUGCAGUCAUUCGAGGUGUUCCUCGAGCGGUACCCCGAAUGGCGGGAUAAAGUAGUCCUGAUUCAGGUGACCAGCCCAACCAGCGUCGACGAGCAGAAGGAAGAGAACAAGAUUGCCAGUCAGGUCUCUAAUCUGGUUUCUACCAUCAACGGCCGGUUCGGGUCAUUGAGCUUUGCUCCCGUCAAGUACUACCCGCAGUACCUCUCUCCUCAUGAGUACUUUGCGCUGCUGCGUGUCGCUGACGUCGGACUCAUCACCACGGUCCGGGACGGCAUGAACACGACCAGUCUGGAGUACAUCAUCUGCCAACAGAAUAAUUAUGGCCCCCUGAUCCUCUCCGAGUUCUCUGGUACAGCGGGGACUUUGUCCAAUGCCAUUCAUAUCAACCCAUGGGAUACCGUCGGUGUGGCGGGAGCCAUCAACAAGGCCCUGACCAUGUCUCCGGAAGAGAAGAUGUCGCAGCAUCAGAAGCUCUACAAGCACGUCACUGCAAACACAGUUUCGUCCUGGUCAAAGCAGUUUGUCACUCGUCUCCUCACCAACCUCUCGUCGUUCGACCAGUCGGUGGCAACACCGGCCCUCGAUCGGGCCAAGCUGGUGCGGCAGUAUCGUCGGGCUCGGAAGAGACUAUUCAUGUUUGACUACGAUGGUACUCUUACUCCGAUUGUCAAAGACCCACAAGCUGCGAUUCCCUCGGAUCGGGUGCUGCGUACCAUCAAGUCCCUCGCCGCAGACCCACGGAAUGCGGUUUGGAUCAUCAGUGGACGUGAUCAAGCCUUCUUGGAUGAGUGGAUGGGCCACAUUCCCGAGCUAGGACUGAGUGCAGAGCACGGGUGCUUCAUUCGCAAGCCCCACUCGGAUGACUGGGAGAAUCUGGCCGAACGGAGUAACAUGGGCUGGCAGAAGGAGGUCAUGGAUACGUUUCAGCACUUCACAGAACGGACACAAGGCUCCUUCAUCGAAAGAAAGCGCGUGGCCCUGACGUGGCAUUAUCGCCGGGCGGACCCGGAGUAUGGAGCGUUCCAGGCCCGCGAAUGCCGGAAGCAGCUUGAAGACACCGUUGGGAAGAGAUGGGAAGUUGAAGUCAUGGCCGGGAAAGCCAACUUGGAAGUUCGGCCGACGUUCGUUAACAAGGGAUUCAUCGCGGCUCGCCUCGUCAAUGAGUACGGCACUGGCCCUGGGCAGGCUCCUGAGUUCAUCUUUUGCUCCGGGGAUGACUUUACAGAUGAAGACAUGUUCCGUGCCCUACAGAAAUUUGACCUGCCGCAAGAUCACGUCUACUCGGUCACUGUUGGUGCGAGCUCGAAGCAAACGGCCGCCAGCUGGCAUCUCCUGGAACCCGCCGACGUGAUUGAAACCAUCUCGAUGCUCAACAAUAGCUCAUGCUCCCAGGAGUAUUGA